UACUAUUCUAAAUAAAAGAGUUUUGCGGAAUAUCUCACUUUCCGCUUUCCGCCUAUCCUAAACAUCUUCGAAAAGUUUCGAACAUGAAAAGUAGGUAUUUUAAAUAUAAAGAAAGUGCGGAAACUCUUCGAAAUCCGUUAGAAUUAUUUCAUCUCGAAUUUUCAAGGGAGUUUGCUGCAAAAAUGUCGAAAACAACAAAUAAAACCCAAAUGGGAAUCCUUGUAAACAUGAUGGAGGAGAAUCCUGCUAUUGCGAGAGGAUUUUUUAAAGGAAAUAAGGAGGAGCUCACCCGAUUUUGGCAGAAGGUGAAUGUUGAGCUGAAUGCGGCAGGCCCCCCAACUAAAACCAUUGUGGAAUGGAAAAAGGUGAUUUCAAUGUUUCAAAAAGAGAAUCGGUGUAGGCAUGCAAAAUUGUGUAUGGGCCGACCAGAAAAAAUAUGUUCGGCAAAAAGUGGCUAGCAAUACUAAGCUUCAGAAAGGUACUGGAGGCGGCCCACAUAUGGUGAAAGUACUCUCCCCCCUUGAAGAAGCCAUUUUUAAAUUGAUUGGGAUGAAGCAGUCAGUAGAAGGAUUGCCCGUAAAGAAGUUUGGCCUGCAAGAAAACUUUAAUGAGAUCUGCAAUGAAAACUUCUGCCCAGAAGUAGAGUUACCGAAUGUAACCCAAAAUGAGACUUUGGAUGAAUCUAUGGUCAUCAGCGAAGCAAGUCAUGCAGAUUAUACGACUAUAAAUGUGUCCCUUGUUUCUGCAGAUUCAUUUGAAUUUGUCAGUGAAGAAGCUUCUGCUGAUAAUACUGAAGUGCCAUCCACUAGCAAGAAGGCAUCAUCCUCAAAAAAAAACUUUUCAAAAAAAGAAAGGGCCGAGCUUGCUCUGACUGAGGAAAUAAAAAUACAGAAGGAAAUCUGCGCAAACAUAAAGACUGGAGUGGCAAAUCAGGACGAGCAUCGCGACAACUUAAGAAAAAUUUACCAAAGGCUAGACAAAAUAUACGAUCUCAAAAAGAAACAUUUCAAGGCAGUUGAGCUUAUAAAAAAAGAAAAGUUGGAGGAAAUCAAAAAAGCGAACGUAAUUAAAAGAGAAAAGCUAGAAGAAAAGAAAAGGCACAACUAUUUCAUUGAAGAAAUGAGAAGAAAUGAAAUUGAACAUAAAAUAGAGAAAACUAAAAGACUGCUGGAAAUACAGGAACUGAAAAUUUACAAAGACAAAGACGAAAAUUUGCAAUGUUAGUCUAUUCACUAAUAGCAUUGCGCAAAGCACAAUGAGAC